GCCAUCACAAUAUCCUGCUGUCUUUAGGCUAGAGAUUUACAGGUUACAAUUUUGUCUUAAAAGAGACAUAGGACUUAUCAGCAUAUAAGAAAAACUAGAUUAAAACCUCAAACAUUGAGUGAUCGAAUAUGCGCUAAAGCUAACUCUAGAGAUGCUAUGCUUGGAUUCACCACCCACCUUUUUCUUCCUUUUUUAUAUAUGCCAUUAAUUUCAUAGAAUUCAUUUCUGAAACUUCUUUUUCUAAAUCCAUCCUUCCAGUUUUUCGUUUCAUUUUCUGCAGUUUCCCUGAAGUUGGAAUUCCUUUCUUAUGAUUUCAUUUUGGAAAACCUGAAAGCUAAAAUCAAUUCCAAAACAAUUAAACAAUUAAGAAAAUUGUAAUAACACUAACACGGAAAAUUUUGCACAGAAAUUAACAAAAAAAAUCAUUAAAAAACUGAAAAAUUGUAAUGUUCUUAUGUCAUCUUUUAUGUUUUAUAAGAACAAGGUCAUCCUGACAGGUUAUAGUGAAAGAGGUCUUCAUCUCCAACAAGCUGCAUAAACCAUGUCUAAAGCGUCUAUAAAAAGUGAACCUCAAAGAGUGGUGGUGAUCCAAGACGCAUCCAAAGAUGUUAAUCCAGGCGCAAUGAGAUGGCUGCUCCAAAACUUUUCAUUUAAGCCUGGAGAUGUGUUUAUACUCUUUGGAGUUCUUCACCAGAUUAAUAACCCUAGUACGUUCUCUCUCGUGGGAGCUGGAAAAUUCAUGGGAUACAAAGUCAAGGUGGAUUCCAGUUCUAUUUUUGGGGUAAACCCUAAAUACAUAGCAGAAGAAGUUGCUAGGAAGACGGAAGAGUACUCUACCAAUGUAGAAAUUAUGAGAAUUUCUAAAGAAUGUCAACUGGAACAGAUCGAUUUCCAUAUAGAAGUGCGUGCAGGAGCUACUCCAAAAGUUGUUGCUUUGAAAGCUGCCAAAACUUUCAAAGCUACUUGGGUGGUUCUUGAUAGGCAAAUGAAGAAAGACAAGAAAUACUUCCUGGAGAAGCUCCAAUGUGGGAUAUCAAGAAUGAAGCGUGACAAUAGUGUUGAAAUAUUAAGAGGACCAGAAGCACGAUUAAAGACAAUAAUGCCUCCAGAAAGAAAAUUUCAGACCAAAAGCUUAGGGUAUGAUGAAAUGAUACCAGGAAGUCCAACCAAAAGAACCUCUUCGCAAAAUCACCUAACAGCUCCACGAAUCAGGUCAACCCCAUUCCCCAAGUCCUCUUCGAGUGAUCAGAUUAUGACAACUAGUGCUUCAACUUCAACUCCGGGUUAUCAAGAGGAAGAUUAUUCGAAUACAGAACGAGAAACUGGUGGAAAGCAAUCCCCAUUUUCAAAUGCAGAAAGUAAUACUAAUCAAGGUGGUCAAAAAGAGGCGAAUACAGACAUUCCAAAUGAAGUGAAGCAGCAUAGGAACUAUAAUGAUUGGAUGGGAGGGGGUCCGACUGAUGAAUUGUUCAAAAAUUCCAUUUGCUCAAUUUGCAAGAAUAGGCGACCCAGGAUUGGAUGGACAAGAGACUUCACUUAUGCAGAACUCCAUGCUGCAACUGAGGGAUUUUCCCCCAAGAACUUCCUAUCUGAAGGUGGUUUUGGUUCUGUCUACAGAGGAGACCUUGGCGGGCUGAAGAUUGCUGUAAAGCAACACAAAAGUGCGAGCUUUCAAGGGGAGAAGGAAUUCAAGUCAGAAGUUAAUGUAUUAAGCAAAGCUAGAAAUGAGAAUUUGGUCAUGCUGUUGGGUUCAUGUUCCGAACGAAGCCAUAGGCUGCUUGUUUAUGAAUAUGUUUGCAAUGGUUCGCUGGACCAACAUCUAUCAAAACACAGCCGCAGACCACUCAGUUGGGAAAAGAGGAUAAAAAUAGCUUUAGGGGCUGCAAAGGGCUUGCAAUAUCUGCAUGACAACAGCAUCAUCCAUAGAGAUAUGAGGCCAAACAACAUUCUUAUAACCCAUGAUCAUGAAGCACUGCUUGGAGAUUUUGGUCUUGCAAGAACUCAACAUGACGAUUCAGAUCACUCCUGGGAGACAAGAGUCGUAGGAACUCUAGGAUACCUGGCACCAGAAUAUGCAGAAUGUGGGAAAGUGUCAACGAAGACAGAUGUUUAUUCUUUUGGAGUUAUGCUAUUGCAGCUCAUCACUGGACUCAAGACUACAGACAAGAUCCUUGGAGGGAAAAGUCUAGUAGGAUGGGCAAGGCCGCUAUUAAAAGAAAAAAACUACCCUGAUCUAAUUGAUCCUAGGAUCUUGGACUCCCAUGAUGUUCAUCAACUCUAUUGGAUGGUCCGCGUAGCAGAAAAAUGUCUCAGCAAGGAUCCUCGCAAGAGAUUAACAAUGGAUAAGGUGGUUUAUGCCUUAAAUCACUUGGUAGAAGACAAGACAAUAUGUGGAAUCAAAGGCUACUCCCCAGCACAAUCCUAUUCAGUGGGUAGCACUCCAGACUCAUAUGAUUCACAAGAACAGGAGGCUGUAGAAACUAUGACUCAGAUGAGUUUGAGACUACCACCAUCACCCCCAAUAGGAUUUCCACCAUCACCACCAUUAAGAUCCAGUUGUGAUUUCUAUAAAAAUAUCACAGACAUCAACAACUCAUGAAUCUUUAACUGGUGGCAGUUGAAAAGAUGUGAACAGAGACUUCACAGGAUAAGGUGCAGUCAUCGUGGUGAGAUUUUCAUUUAGAUACGGUCUCCCCUCAACUUCUUAUGAUGAUUACUGCAGGUUAAUUAUCUUGUUUUUUCUUCCUAGUCUUCCACCAAGGUUUUUUCUUUUCGUCCAUUUUGGUUAGAUUUAUAAUUUCCCCAGUUCUAAGCUCUGUAAGCAUGUUUCAUAAACUACUUUAUAUUGCAUCCAUCAAAAUUCUUCAAGAAACACUUAAUAAGGUUGAAUGGAUUGGAGAAUUAGAUCAAGAACACUUAAGAAGAUUUUCAUCUCCCAUUCAUAUUGAUACUACACCCUUCGUUCAGAAGGAGAAUAAAGAAAGAAGAUUCAUUAGGUAAAUUUAUUGCCAAUAGGCCACUGCACGUGAGGCAAAAAAAACAACAAAGGACAAUAGCAAAACAACCAGAAAUAAACCUAGACA